AUGUUCAAAAGCAGCUACCGGCACGAAGUGCGCAAAGAGAAGUAUGAACGCUCGGACGUCUUUGAGGAGCCCAGCAGCCCGGAGACAGAGACCACUCCUGGCGUCGGACCCUCCGGCUGGGAGAGCCUACAGGAGCUGAACGGCCGGUUCGCACGUUACAUCAAUCGGGCCCGUGUGCUGGAGCAACGCAAUGCUGUGUUUCGCAAGCAGCUGGAGACUCUGGAGCGCAUGGAGGUGGAUUCUGGACUGGAGGAGGCCUUCAGCGAGCAGAUCAGUGUCAACAGAUGCCGCAUCAGAGAACUGCAGUCUGACCACGCCAAGCUGGAGAGAGAACUUAAAGAUGCUGAACGCAUGCUUGAUGAAUACAAAAGCAGAUACAGAAAUGAAUGUGAAUAUCAAGAACAGCUGAGGCGGUCACUGGAACAGCUCAAUAAGGAAGCGGACACAGUGCUAUUGAGGAAUCUUGAAUAUCAGAUUCAGCUGCAAUUUCUCCAUGAUGAUGUCAAUGCAACCAAAGAGAGGCACAGAAAGAACCUUGCAGAGAUUCAGACGUAUCUUAACAUUUUGCAUCAGAUCAACCAGACUAUUCCUCUCUUGGCGAACGUGUCGGCCUCAGAGGAUCAGGAGAGGCUGAUGGCUCAAAGACGAGUUCCUGCCCUGAGGAAUCAAGUGGAGGAAUACAAGAGCGCCAUCUACCAGCUGCAGGCUCAGAAAUGUCGACUGCAGACUGAGACCUCUGUGUUGGAACAAACCAUCAAGACCACACAAGAGAGCUACGAUGAUGAGAUUCAGCAUUACAACGAACAGAUUGAGUCUCUCAGGAAAGAUACAGAGGAGGCCGAGAGGUCGCUGGAAAAGUACACCAACCACUGUCGACAACUGGCCACAUAUCAGACCUCUCUUGAGAAUGAACUGGAGAGAUACAAGAGAAUCUUUGAGAAUGAAGAUAACAGACUGAAUUCAGCAAUAAUCGGAACACCCGUUACCCUGUUAACAACCAAUUAUAAAUACACCCAAAGUUCUAGCAUGAGCAGGAAAGGAAAAGAUAUUACCCAAGUUAUCCAAGACAUUACUAACAUAAAGCCUCGUCAGAAGAACUUAACCAAUAAGGUGUUUAAGAAGAAAGAGAUUACUUCAAAAGGAGCUAUAGAUAGCGGAUUGGAGGAGAGGACAGCUGAAGAGUUUGAGGAUGAGAAGAAUAGAGAGGUCAUGGAGGAACAGGUUGUAAUAUGUAAGGAGCAGGUUCCUCGUGAAGACGUGCCUGAUGGAGCCCAGAUCAGCAAGGCCUUUGACACUCUCUGUAACCUCAUUCAUGGCCGUAUGAGCCAAGCGAGAAAACCAGAGCCCAUCGCUGACUUUUUCACCAAGGGACGUUAUGUCCUGGUGACGGGUGACUCUAACUACCUGGACCCCUGCUUCGUCUCAACCACCCCUUCCGCCAGCCACAUCUACGUAACAAUCCAAGAUGAUGCGAUGCCUCACGAUCCUUACCGGACCGGUACACCCUCCCCACCCCCUUGCUCCCCAUCUGGACCAAUGCCCCAGCCCAUACCCCCUUCCACACCUUCAGAUGAUACAGAACCAGAAAAAGGUAAAGAUGAUGGAAAAUGGAUGAAAGGUAGAAAUGGAAAGCCAAAAAAUGGAGAGCCACAUUCAAAGCCAAAAGAGCCAGAACCAGGAUCUCAUGACAGGCCAAGCCCUCCACCAGGACCCAGGCCACCCUCAUCCCCACAUAGAAGCAAGAGCCCCCGAGGCCCCCCGCCCAUGUUAUCGCACAGUUCUAUUCCCCCUACCUCCAUGACAUAUGAGAAGGUAGAAGUAGUGGAGUCUGUUGAGAAGCUCUCGUCAGACAAAAAAGUGACGGGCUAUGAAGAGACGACCACAGUGGUUGAGACCAUGAUUGAAAAGACCAGCAGAAAGAAGCAUUGA